AUCAGUGAUAAGAACACGUGCGCGUCGCUACUUAUGCCAAACGUGUUUUUUUACCGUCAGAAAUGGACGAGUUUUUAGGUAAAAAGUAUGUUCUAACCGAUUCGGAGAACUUUGAAGACUAUUUAGUGUAUCUAGGUUUGAGUUACAUCGCUCGAAAAGUAGCGCUCAGGCUAAACCAGUCUCAUGUUUUGUUAAAAAACGAAGAUGGCACCUACACCUUCCAGUUUCUUUCGACCGUGGCUAACUCCAGCAUCACCUUCAAGCCUGGCGAGGAGUUUGAAGAAGUAAAGGCGGAUGGUGUCAAGGUGAAGGCGUUAAUAGUAUUUGAAGGCAACAAAAUGAUACACACACAGACAGCUGGCAAUGGGAAAGUGUCGAGACACGAGCGAGAGUUUUAUAUCGAUAAAAUGACAGUGACUACGACUGCAGAUGGACUGGACAAAACAGUGAAGAGAUAUUACACCGUAGAACAUUAAUAGGAACUGCUGUGGCCAUAACAAUUCUAUUCAGUAUUUUGGCAUCAUCGCAAAAUGGUUACAUCAUCACCGUAAGCCUGCAAUUGUCACAUUAAUCGGCAAAAGCAUCUUCUUAUACAAAGAAGAAAUGGUCACUAAAUGUAUUGAUUUAUUAGUUUAUUAAGUUUCUGUACGUAAUUCACAAGGUCAGCAACGUAUUAAGAGAUAUUUAAUGAUUACUUUAACCUAUUGGUUAGUGCCCACAGACCACCUCAGACGGGGCCUUAUAAGGCUGAUGUUUAAAAGGGGUUGCAGGACAAGGCACCGCGACCUCGGCCUAGAGUAGGAGAAGGAAUGGAGGGGUUUUAGUCAGUAAGAAAUUUUCUCUUAUAGAACUUAUUUGGGAGAUUUGUGUUAGAUGUAAAUUAUUCUAGAUAUUAAAAAAGUUUUUAGCUAAGAAUAAAAAUAAAAGUGUUUUAAACUA